UGUAACCCUCGACAACUCCUUCUCUUCUUCUUCCUUUCUUCUUUUCUUCAGUAACCCUUACUGUAAUUUUCCCUCUCUUUGCAUCUCACCCUCCACGAUUCCCUCUCUCUUCUCGACUCCUAUUGCCUGCAUCGAUCUCCACCAAUCUUCUCUCUUCGUUUCACUCAUCUCUCUCCCCUUCUUGGCAAUCGGCAUCUCCCAGCUUCGACCUCUCCAUUUUCUCGGCGGAAAAUGUGAAGGUUUAUGGGAAUUUGGGUAUAGGACUAUUUAGAGUGCUGACUGGAAGAUGGAAGGGGCUACAAUGGAAUUUUAUUUAGAAGAAGAAAGUGAUGAUGGGAAAUACAGUAAAGAUUCUGAGGAUGAUGAUGAACAAUAUUGCUAUGCUUCUGUAUUAGUGUCCAAAUUACAGCCUAGGUUUUAUCAAAGGGUCGUUAGAUUUGUGAAUGAAUUGUUUGAAUCAAGAAAUGAUAUCUCAAAAUUUAAGGACCAUAUUCGAGACGUUCUCGUACAAUCUAAAGAGUUUUCUGACCAGGACAACAAAGAUCUUUACGUCGAGGAGGCAGCCGCUCAGAGAGAAAGAGAGCAGCAAAGAAUGCUUUCUAUUCCAGGCCUUAUCACCCCCAACGAUCCAAGACGAGAUGUUGGACUCAUAAUUAGUGGGUAGCCAAACUAGUUAUUAAUUGAGGAGCCUAAUUUGUGUAAUGAGGCAGAGUUGCUGCUGUGGUAAGGUGGUGGUGAGCCUUAGAUUCAUAUUUCAUUCUCUCAAAAAUCUUUUGGAUAUGAAGAACCAACAAAUGGCGAUUUUUUUUCUCC